GGCAAGUUCGUGCGUCAAAUCUGAAGUUUACCACGCUGUGCAACAUCGGAUGAGCCUCGGCGGCAUCACAGAUUUCCUCAAGGCGAAAACACGGAAACAUAAAACAGCAACGAGGAGAGCGGUGGGAAAAUUGGUUGUAUGGCACCUCAGUCGUGCGUAAUGAAUCCUGCGCAGGGAUCACCGCCCUCGACUGCUCCGGGGGACACCUCACCAGAGGACCGAGCCGCCGGUGGCAUGGGAACUGACAAGCUGGAUCUAUCCCCUGUCAGAAGAUGUAAGACCAAGAGUUUAGAUCUGCCUUUCAGUGUGGAAUCCCUCAUAUCAGACCGGCCGCCUGGCAGAAGCGUCCACUCCCCCGAGCCCGGUUCAGACUGCGUCCAGGCAGAGGAGACCGAGUGUGCGUCACCGAGUGGACUUUAUCGGUCCAAACCAGAGGUGGUGGACUCCAGUGACAAGGAAACGAACCCCUGGUUUCAGGCUCCUUACGCAUCCCCUCCAAGACUUCCCAGCCCGACCCCUUGCAAUCUACGGAAACACAAGAACAACAGGAAACCCAGAACUCCCUUUACAACCUCCCAGCUGCUUUCUCUGGAGAGGAAGUUCCGUCAGAAACAGUACCUCUCCAUCGCGGAGAGAGCGGAGUUCUCCAGCUCCCUCAGCCUCACAGAGACCCAGGUCAAGAUCUGGUUUCAGAACCGCAGGGCCAAGGCCAAGAGACUGCAGGAGGCCGAGCUAGAGAAGCUCAAGCUGGCCGCGAAGCCGUUGCUGCCGGCCUUCGCGUUUCCCUUCCCCCUGAGCGCACCUAUGGGCGCACCGUCCCUCUACGCGGCCCUGAACGGACCGCGGCCUGCCUUACCUGUCCCAGGACUAUUCAGUGGACCGUAUGGGAUGUACUAUUUGUCUUAACCCUCACUAACUUUGAACUGCAUCGUGGGGAAAGCUGCCUUUAAAAAUGCCUUCAUGCAGCAAAUAAGAAACACUGCAAAAAUGUCCAUCUGUCUGAAAUCUCAUAUUAAAUCUUAUGUAAAAUAUUUCUCGUUAUAGUGAAAAAUAAAAUUGCGUGAGAAGAAUAUUUUGCAUACAGAAAAGUUAGCAGAAUAAACUGGUUUAAUUUUAAAAUAAUAGAUUUUCAAUGAACAUGUGGAACAGAGACAAGUGAAAUAUUUUCACUCAAUUGUCAUUUUUCAUUUCAUUUUCUAUGACGUAUUUCAGAUUUACUUUACCGUAAAUUAUUUGUAAACGUGGUCAUUUUUGCAGUGUAAUUAGUAAAGUCCCUUUUCGAAAAGACACACUAUCACUGAGCUCAUUCUGCGGAUUAAAUUUUUCAAAUUUCACAUGAAUUGGGAGCUUCUGUCUUCCAGUAUAGGCAUUCUGCCGUAAAGUAAUUCUAAUGUGGCAAGAGAAGAUGUUUAUUUAAAGGCCUGUAGCUUUGGGUUUAAAGCAAUAGCUUCUGAUGACUCACUAAAGUGACCAUGUGAAUGUCUUAUUUCCAUUUCAGAGGCCUUUCAAAAUUUCUCACCUUAAAUGAACAGUUUUAAAAAAUGUUUUUUUUUUUUUUUUUAAGCUGAAGGUGGGAGGAAAAAGUUACCAAACAAGUAGAUUGUACCUCAAAUUAUGAUCAGCAGUUAUAAAGAGGCAAUCUCACACAUCAGUCAUUCAACAAAAAAAAAAACACUUCAAUUAGCGCAAACAUAUAUUCAUAUUAUAUAUACUAUAGCCAUAAAAAUACAAAUUAAGUCUAAAAUAAAUCUACUUUAUCAGUCAUUAUUUUUUUACAUUACCUCAAAAGAACUUUUGCACAGGUGUUGAAAGAGCUCCUUAAAGUCCAAGACCAGUUUCAUUACAAAAUGUAAAUAAAAGUCAACUAUUUUUUGCAAACACUCCAAAAUCCUAAACAAGACUGAUAGACUCACAUCAGUCAUUAAUGUACAGUGUAUUUUAUAUUUGAUGGGU